AGAAGACCGGGUCGUGAUGCGCACUCUCCGCCAAUAUGAAGGCACUCGAGGCAGUUUCUGCCUUUGAUUUCACUAAAUAAGCCUUGAGAUUUUUACAAGUGCUUAAUCCGCUAACUAGACUAAAGUAGAUGCGUCACCGAAACAAUAUCCUGGUCCUGCAGAAUGUCCAAGAUCAGGCGGAAGGUAACAGUGGAAAAUUCAAAAACCAUAUCUGACAGCAGCAGCAGCGGCAGCACCACAACCAGCAGCACCACCAACCCCACCACCCCCUCUCGGAGGCCCAGCGUGUUUGAAAGACUCGGUCCUAGCACUGGGAGUAAUGCUGCUGAUAGUCACUGUAGAAAUUGGCUGAAAACUGGUAGCUGCAGUUACGGCAACACUUGUCGCUACACACAUGGAACUCAGCCACGAGGCAAAGGAUUUAGCUUUAAUCGCAGGUCGACAGAGAGACCCACAGGUGAUCUGCGGGAGAGGAUGAAGAAUAAAAGACAAGAUGUUGACCCGGAAAACCUGAAGAGAGACCUAGAUGAGCCCACAUCCCCCACAGUGAGACAGAGAGAUUCCUCCAGAGGCCGGCACAGGGAAAAGGAGGAUAUAAAGAUCACAAAGGAGCGUACCCCAGCCAGUGAGGAAGAGCCCACAGAGUGGGAAACCAAUCGUGAAGAUUCUGAUAUUGGCGAUUACGACUACGAGCUAUCCCUGGAGAUGAAGCGCCAGAAGAUUCAACGAGAAUUGAUGAAACUAGAGCAGGAGAACCUGGAAAAGAGAGAAGAGAUUGUAAUCAAGAAAGAUGAAACUCUCACAAAAAGUAGAUCCACAGCCUUGCCAAAAGUCUCUCCUGAGCUGUUAAGCUCCAAAGAAUCCCCACCAUCUAGAAAGUCUAGCAACUCCCCAAAACACAAAAGUGGAACCAAAGGAGGAGGCUCUGGGAAGAAAGAGAAGAAGGCAUCAGUGUCUUUAGGCGUUUCAGAAACAGUGAGCAGGUCUUCAAAAGGAAGCCACAGUAAGAAGAAAGGGCCCCGUACCCCUAGUCCUCCUCCCCCUGUCCCUUUGGACCUUCCUGUGGUGGGGAAGAAACACAAAGGCAAGCACAAAAAUAAGGAGAAGGCUGAGGAGAAGCAGAAGGAAGGGAAAGAUCGUGGACGAGACACUGAAAAACAUAAAGAGAAGAAGGAAAAGCGCAGGGACCGAUCAGACAGUUCCCACAAGGCCAAGCGAGCGUUUACAUCAGAUGACCAUUCUGAUAGCGUAUCGUCUCCAUCCAGGGAUGUAUCGCCCCCAGUCCGGAAGAAAUCCACCUCUCCCAAAGUUUCUUCCCACAAGACCUCUGUACUUGCCUCCCCUUCUCACAGCAGGUCUCCUUCCCCUCCACACCACCAGCGCACUCCUACACCUCAACGCCACCACUCCCCUUCCUCCCACUCUGGUUCCUCUGCCCAGCGCCAUUCUCCUUCUCCUCGACGGCGGCGUUCUUCUUCUCCUUCCUACCACCGAAGUUCCGUGGCUCACGCUUCCACCUCCUCGCCUCCGAGCUCCCGGCGCUCUCGAUCCCCUCCGGCUUCCCACGAUACCUCCCCACCCCAUCGGCGGUCCGACAGAUCGAGUCCUAGUCGGCGCCACUCUAGGGGCCGAGAGAGGAGUCGGGGUGACAGAGAGAGGACCCCGCCCAGCCAGGGUCGCAGACAUGAGCGUAGAGAUGAAAGUCGCAGCAAGCGAGACAAAGAUGGUGUCCGUGAUGAUCGAGACUACGACUCCGAGCUGGUGUCUUCCCGGGACGUUCGAGAUGACAGGGAGACCAGAGAGGGGCGCGAGCGACGCGACACCCGCGAUCGAGCAAGAGAAACAACACGGGACUCUCGGGACAACCGUGAUAACAGGGACGUGAAGGACUCGAGAGACGGCAGGACUGAGAUGCGCUCCAGCCGAGAGUCGCUCGAACGCCGUGACCGUGAGCGGGAGAAAGAAAGAGAGCGUGAAAAGGAGAGGGAGAGAGAAAGGAGUGAUGCAUACAGGAAGGAGGAUCCGGCUCAGGAUGACAGGAAUUAUGGGAGAGGUCAUGGACGUGACGAUGGAGGUAGAACUGAAGGAAGGACGGAGAGCAGGACAGACAGAGCUGACAGGAAUGGACGAGGACGAGGACGUGCUAAUGAAGCCUCUGAAAAAGGCUCGAACAGAAAUUCUCGAAACUCCCAACUGGACAACAGCUACGAUAACUGGGAAACACGGAGCAGUGGGGUGCGAGAACGAAGCGUCGAGAAGAGCACGGAUCGGAGUGCCACUGAAAGAAGUUGUGAGAGGGGCUCAGACCGAGAUCGCUAUGAGACUGAUAGACGAGAGCAGGCUAGGGACUCCUCCUAUGACCGGAGGGGAGGACAUGGAGAACGGGAUCGCAGAGACAACCGAGAGAGGGACCAAAGAGGAGCUUCUCCAAACAGAUACCAGGGGAGGUCAGAGGAGUCUGAAAGGGAGGAGAGAAGAGAGGAGCGCCGGACAGAUAGAUCUGAGGACAGACGAGACGACAGGGCCCGUGAGCGAGAGAGAGAGAGGGAGCGGGAAAGAGAGAAGGAAAAGGAGAGGGAGAGGGAAAAGGAGCGAGAGAAGGAGAGGGAGGCAGAGAGGGAGAGGGAGCGGGCCCGGGAGAGGGAGAGAGAGCGGGAACGAGAGAGGGAGCGAGAACGGGAGAGGGAGCGGGAGGAGCGGGAACGGGAAAGAGAGAGGAAGGAGAGGGAAAGAGAGAGGGAGCAACGGGAGCGGGAGAGGCAGCGGGAAUGGGAGGAGCGAGAGAGAGGGCGUGAGGAGAGACGGGAGCGGAGAGAGGAUGCCAGGGACGACCGGUCUGUUCGUGACUCCCGGGAUGAACGCAAGAUGAGCCGUAAGAGGCCCAGGAUGGAAAGCAGCCCAAGCCCCAAACCUUCCCCCAAGCGAACCACACGGGACUACAGCCCGGCGGACAGUGAUGGCUACAAUAGUCCUGAAGACAAAAAUGGGGACAAGCAUCGUCUGCUAAGCCAGGUGGUGAGACCCCAGGAUCCUCUGUCACGGUCGCCAUCGAGGGGCGCUACAUCUGAGGAGAAGGCUGCUCACUGGAAAGAUGAGGAGCGCAGGGGAGCUGGGGACAAAAGGGAAGCACGUAGUCGACACGACGACCUGGAGCCUCGUGUGGAUCGAAGUAGAGGCGGAGAAAGACGGGGAGAGUACCCCUCAGAUGUACCUUCAGACUCCCGGAGCAGAGGCAGAGACCAGCGCGAAUCGACUCCACCAUCGCUGCCUGCUGCCCUCACCACUACCAGUGAAGACAGAGACACUGCUGGUUCCCAGUCCCACGAGGAAGGCAAAAAAAAGACAAAGGCACAGAGGAAAGGUUUGAAAAAGGGUCGCAAAGAUGAGGAGAUUACGAGUGGUAACAGUAUGGCUUCCGCAGGGGACCGUUUCAACCCUGAGCCUCCAGCUAGUGGAUCUGGAGAUGUGCCUCCACUUUUACACUCUCCCAGGAAAGGAGGCAAGAAGAAGGCGCUUGAUCAAAAGAGGAAACGUUCACGAGAAGCAGACUCAGAUGUGUCUGAGGAGGAGACCUCAGCUCAUCAGCCACAUAGUAAGAGGAAGAAAGGUCCUCGGACACCACCACCCUCAAUGAGGCCUGAUCACCAUGGAAUUAGAGGCACUGCCGAGCCUUCCCCAGUUCCCAAAAUGGACAAUUUCAGUGACUGGUCAGAUGAGGAGGUGUCAGAUCGAGGAGGUCCACUGGAAACACAAGCUCCCUUGGCUUCUGCUGAGAGGGCUCCAGCGGAACCUCUUAGGCGAGGUGGAGGCCCCAGGAUGGGCAGGGAAAGGGAGAGGGUCAAUCCACCACCUAUUGCCCCUCUGCUUUCCCAAGACCCUCCAAUUCUGCUGCAAACUAUGACUCCACAGCCCCUUAUGUCCAAGUCCCUGCUCCGCAAACCUCCCAUGGAGCAGACAAGGAGCAGCAGCAUGGGGAGCAACCAGAGCCGAACAUCAUCCAGACGUUUGCGUUCGCCUUCAAACGAGUCAGCUCACCGAGAAGACCCCCAGGGUCCACGACCACGCCGGGGCAGGCUGCAGGACACCAACUCCCGAGAUCGGGAGAGAGAGAGAGAAAGGGAGCGAGAGAGGGAAAGAGAGAGAGAGCGGGAGAGGCCUAUGGCAAAUGAUCCUCCAGGGGCUGAGAGGAAAUCACGAAUUGACCAGUUGAGGAGAGAAGAGCCAAGCCGCAGCACUUCAUCAGAUCGCCAAGAUUCCCGCAGCCACAGCUCAAGACGCAGCUCACCUGAUUCUGAAAGGCAGGCAAGGUCCAGGUCCCGCGCUGGGUCCUAUGAUAGUCGAGAAAGGGAGCGAGACAGAGAGCCAUUUGAGCGGGAUCGAGAUCGAAAGGAUUUCCGACCUCAGCUGCAGCAGCAACAGCAGCAGCCCCUGCUUCUCCAACAGCCCCUGCAGCAACAGAGAGACUGGGAGCUGGAACCAAGGGACUGGCCAAGCAGGGGGCGGGAGCCCCUGCUGAUGCGUCCUGGUCGGGAACCUCUCCUUAGGGAGAGGGACAUCAGAGAGAGGGAACGCUUACUUCCUGAAGUAAUCAUCCAGCAGCACGAGAGGGAGCGGGACAGAGACGGUAGAGGUGAAAGAGUUGUGGAUCGAGAGAGGGACAGGAUAAUGAUGAUGGACCUACCACCCCAUGGAGACCCCAGGGCCUCAGGACAAAGGGAAAUGAGGGGUGACCUUAGAGGAGACCUGCGAGGAGACAUGAUGAGGCAAGACAGGAAUGACUAUGAGCCUCUUCUGCCAAGAGAAGCCUUCAGUCCUCCAGAGCCUGAAAAACCGAGCAACAGUCACCAUCUUAUGGGAGACCAGCGGGAGCUGGAGAAGUCGGACAGCAUCGAUGGAGAUGAUGAUGAUGAUGAUAAUGAUGAUGAUGAUGAUGGUGGUGAUGGGAAAGAAGAUGACCAGUCAGUUGCAUCUGUUGGAGAGGAAUAUGAACCCAUCAGUGAUGAUGAGCUGGAUGAAAUCUUGGCCGACAGCCAGAAGAAAGAAGAUCAGCAAGAGGAUGAGAAAAUUACAGGUCCUCUGGAUGUGAUUGACGUGGACUGGUCCAGCUUGAUGCCCAAACAGAAACAAGAGCCCCGGGCGGCAGGGGCAGCCUUGCUCCGCUUUACCCCGGGGGCAGUGCUGCUCAGAGCAGGCAUCUCCAAGAGACUUGCUGGCCCUGAACUCAUGGAGCAAGUCAAAGAGGUGUGCAAGUCUGAGGUGGACGAUUCCAAAGAUGUUGACAAGCUCUUUGAGCAUGACCUGGGGGCUCUGAAUAUGGCAGCUUUGAAUAGGCGGGUGGAGAGAGCAGGUUUGCUGAGCAACCUUGGGCCCUGCUGCAAGGCCCUCUGUGCUCGGAGAGACUUCGCCAUCCGCCGGCAACUGUUAAAGAACGAGAAGGGCCUCUUCAAGCAGUACACUACUACACCCGGGGUAGACAACGAGUUGCUUCAGAUGAGUAUCCGCCUCUUCAAAAGGACCGUGGCUGGCCAGACUUCAGCCCCGGAAAGGUCUGAAAGUAGACCAGCACCAGCAGCCGAAGUUGCUGAAGCUGGUAGUAGUAAGCUAAACACACCCCAGCCAGAGGUGUGUGUGUCCUGAGAACUCAACAAUGAAGUUGAAUCGUUCCAAACAUCUGACUUUGUUUCUCUCUGUCUUCUUUUUUUUUUUCCUACAUAAAAACCUUUUUAGUCAUGAGAGGGUUUAAAGAAGAACUGUCAAAUUUGUGAUUCUUAGUCACGCUUUACAUAUUUUGGGUAAUCUGCAAGCUGUGUUUCUUAGGCUACUCAACAUUCUAGCCUAUGGACGUCUGUAAUGUACCACGAGACAUAAAAUCCAUCUGAAAUGACUUCAUGUUUUUGUGUAUUGUCGUGUUUUUGAGCAGAUUUUUAAUCACCUGUUUCACUCAUCUAACCAAGCUUAAAUUACUGGUUUGUUUUUGUAUGUUGUGCAUUGGUUAUUAUAACUGUGCAUUAAAAUGGCUAGAUGUUCAUUUCUUUAUUGGCUCUUUUGCUUUGUAUGAAAUGACUGUUCAGCCUUCAAAUAAUGUGACCAUUGAUGUUACUGCUGUUUUUGUUUACAUCAUACUACAUGAUUUCAGAUCUAUAGUAUUGGCUGAAGUGUGUGUUUGACACACACCACAGAGAUCCUGCAGGGACUAUAGAACAUUCCUCAUGAAUAAGCACUGCCAAACUAUUCCAUAAGUGAAUGUAAUUUGUUACAGCUGUUAGUCUGCGGACAUGUCAUUGUUUUGUGGUUGCUGUAUUUGUUUUGAAUUGUUUGGCACUGACUCUUUGAUAUGAACUGAAGAAAGUACAGAGCACCAGAACAGCAACACUGCUAUGUGGAUUUUCUGCCCUCACCACCCUGCGUUAUCCAUAAAGGAGCUAAAAUGUUCUCCAUACGAAAAGACAGUAAACUGCUUAGAGAAAAUGGAUCUGAACUUUUCCUUUCUAUGUUUAGCAGAUGGAUCACGUGAGUUCUUGCAUUGCUGGAUAAAGUGCAGCUUAAGGAUAUGGUACUGUCAGAACUUGUAGUUUAUUAUAAGCAAUUUGAAAAGGUUUUGUUUUCUGUGAGUGCUGGAACACAAUUUCAACAGAGAAACCAGAAUGUGGAAAAUACUCUAGAGCGCUAGACUCAACAUGACUCAACAUUACCCCACUCACAUCCAUCCAACUGUGACAUGAUAUUCAAAACAUUAAAGACUUGGAGCAACUGGGCUCUGAUGAAGCCAACUAUUUCUCAUCCUGUCCUCACAUAUGUUGGAAAACGCAUUAAAGGAAAACAUUUUUUUUUAACUUGAUUUAAAAUGUACAAAUAAAAUCUGGUUUAAUGCUG